AUGCUUCGCGGCCCGCGGCGGCCGCUGGGGCUCUGCCUCCUGCUGCUGCUACUGCCGCUGCCGCUCCCGGGCUCGUCUGGGCGCCGCGGCGCAGCGCUGCCGUGGGAGAGGACGGACGAGCCGGGCUCGGGCGGGGCCUGGUCCGGCUUCCGGCGCCUGCGGGAGCGGCUGCGCGCGGCCGGGGCCCUCUCCAAGCGGUACUGGGCGCUCUUCAGCUGCCAGGUGUGGCCGGACGACUGUGAGGACCACGAGAAGGCAGCCCCCGGGCCCUUCGGCUGGAGCCUUCCCGUGUUGGGCCAGCAGUACCUGGAUAUCCUGACCACAUGGUACUGCAGCCUGCGGGACUGCUGCGACAGUGGAGACUGCAGGAUCUCCAACAACUUCACAGGCUUAGAGUCAGACCUGAACGUGCGACUGCACGGCCAACAUUUGGCCCGGGAGCUAGUCCUAAGAACAGUGAGGGGCUACUUAGCGAUGCCCCGGCCAGAAAAGCCCCUGGCUCUCUUGUUCCACGGCUGGUCUGGCACAGGCAAGAACUUUGUGGCCCGGAUGCUGGCAGAGAACCUGUAUCGGGAUGGGCUGAGAAGUGACUGUGUCAGGAUGUUCAUCGCCAUGUUCCACUUUCCUCACCCCAAGUACGUGGACCUGUACAAGGAGCAGCUGACAGGCCAGAUCCAGGAGACACAACAGCUCUGCCCCCAGACCCUGUUCAUCUUCGAUGAGGCUGAGAAGCUGCAUCCAGAGCUACUGGAGGUCCUUGGACAAUACUUGGAACACAGUGUCCCUGAGGGCCACAAGGCUAAGCCUCCGCGAGCCAUCUUUCUUUUUCUCAGUAACCUUAGGGGCAACAUAAUCAAUGAGGUGGUCCUGAAUUUGCUUAAGUCUGGAUUGUCUCGGGAAGAAAUUACCAUGGAACACUUGGAGCCUCACCUCCACGCUGAGAUUGUUGAGUCCACAGACAGUGGCUUUGGCCACAGCUGUCUUGUGAAGGAAAACCUGAUUGACUUCUUUGUCCCGUUCCUGCCACUGGAGUACCGGCAUGUGAGGCUUUGUGUACGUGAUGCUUUUCUGAGCCAGGAGCUCCAGUACACUGAAGAGGCAUUGGAUGAAAUCGCAAAGAUGAUGGUGUAUGUCCCCAAAGAGGAGCAACUCUUUUCUUUCCAGGGCUGCAAAUCUAUUUCCCAGAGAAUUAACUACAUCCUGCCAUGAAGGUUGGAUAAAGACUUCCUGGAGCUACCAUUCUUCCACUAAUAUUUGGGACUAUAAGGUGUGGAGGAACAGGUUGGCCUCCAGCAUUAACCAGCACAGCGGUGUGUAGAAGGACAUCCUUCCACGAGAAGCAGAGCCAGUUCUUAAGCUCACUUAGUGCCUUAAAGACACACACCUUCCAAGAUGUGCGUUAGGUGGCUGGUGAAAGCCAUGUGGGAGAUGGGCAAACCCCAAGGGCUCAUUACGGCUCUCCAGCUGGUCUCCUUAGCGUCUUAGCUCUUCCUUGCAGAUGCCUGGACUUGGGUGUUGGGCUUCAGAGGCUGCAGGAUUCUUAGGUUACAGAGCUGGAAGAAUGAAGUUCUGUGACCUAGGGGAGCAGAGUCCACCUCAGGUUUGUGAGCUGGGUGGCUGGCUUUCAAGUUGUUAGUCCCAGAGGCAAGUUGAGCAGCUUCUGUUGUGAGCAGGUUUACAAAGCGCCUCAGGCUGAGGAGAAAAGUGCACAGCAGAAGAUACUUUCAAAAUCAGUUGACUAAGAUUGAAAAGAAUUUUUUAAAAUAUAGGGGUCUCGACAUGACUAUCAUUUGUAAAGAUUAAAAUUUUGUAUUUUUCUAAAA